CAGCCAGGUAGGUGUCAGUAAACACACUGCAGCUGAACCACUGAGAGGAUUUAUCCUGAACUUCAUUAUGCGUGCAGCCCGAGAGCUCAUAGGUGUGUGAGUCAGCGUCCGUGGCUCGUACCAGAGACUGUCGUCAUUCACUCAGCACAGAAGUCAAGCCAGAUUGUAGGGAAUAGGGAGAAGAAAGAUAAAAGGGACAGAUUGCAUUAGAGCAGCGACGACUGGAGAAGUAAACAUGGAGGUUUGGAUCAGCUCGGGUACAGAGGAGAGCGAGAGAGAGAGCAGCAUGAGUCAGGACGAGGAAGAUGAAGAAGAACAUCUUGGAAUUGAGAGUACCAGCGGUCUGUGCAGAGAACUGGUGGAAGUGCUGUGCUCCGAGAGGGUGGGCCAGGUUACAAAGACAUAUCAUGACAUUGAGGCUGUCACUCAUCUUUUGGAGGAGAAAGAACGUGAUCUAGAGCUAGCAGCUCGAAUAGGCCAGUCCCUUCUGAAACAGAACAAGGCUUUAACAGAACGUAAUGAGCUGCUGGACGAACAGCUGGAGGUCGCAAAAGAAGAGAUUGCUCAGCUGCGUCAUGAGCUCUCUAUGCAAGACGAUCUGCUGCAGCUGUACGCAGGCACUGAGGAGAUAGAAGCUGCUACAGAAUCACAGAGCACCCAAUCACCGAUCAGGAGAAACGAGUCAAGUUCUUCUCUCAGCAACUACGUCCAUUAUGAUUUCCUGCAAACGAAGCUCAAGAGUUUGGAGGAUGAGAACCUCAAACUGCGUGCUACGGCCAACGAGUUGACUUCAGAAACCAGCAGCUAUGAAGAGCAGGAGCAGCAGCUGAUGAUGGUGUGUGUUGAAGAACUCUCAUCAGCGAAUAAGCAUGUGGUGGCUCUGUCAGAGGAGCUGGCCCGUAAAGUGGAGGACUCUCUCCGGCAGCAGGAAGAGAUUAGCUCUUUGCUCAGUCAAGUGGUUGACCUUCAGCAGCGCUGUAAAACGUUAAUCAGAGAGAAUGAGGAACUCACUCAGCACCUGAACUCUUCACGGGAAAGCCAGUCUCAGCUCAAAACAGAGCUAAGGGACCUUCAGGAGAGGUAUUCAGAGUGUGAAGACAUGCUGCAGGAAGCCAGAGAGGACAUCAAAAACCUGCGGAAUAAGAGCCUGCCUAACAGCACGGUGCAGCGCUACAGUUCACUGGCUGCUGUGUUCCCCAUGGAUUCACUCGCUGCUGAGAUUGAAGGAACCUUCCGUAAAGGCCUGGACAGUCCUGCUCCUUCAGAAUACAGGUCCCAUCCAUGGCGGGUGUUUGAGACAGUGAAAGUGGCCAAUCAAGUUGCACGACUGCGCUCUCGUUGCCACUCCCCGCAGGUCCCCAGCACUAGCCCCGCCUCCUCCCAGUCCAGUCGAAACAGCACACCACGCACUAGCUACUACGGAUCUGACUCCGUUAGCCUCAACCUUGAGGACAAACCCCACUCAACACCAUUACAAGAGCAAAGCCUUAUAGAAUCAAAGCGACUGGGUCAGCCGGGUAUGCCCGGUGGUCAAGAUCUGGAGGAAGCUCUGCGUUCCCUCUCUGCACGCCAAGAAAGCCAUUCUUCUGAUCGUCCGUUCUUUGAUGUAGAGCGUGAGAGGAAGCUCAGGGCGCUGGGUGGCAGCAGUGAAGAAGGUUCUAGUGGAUUCCUUACACCCAAUGACAGCUUGGCAUCCACAGGAACCAACUAUUCAGGCAGCUCCCAGCAUUCAUCUGCUACAUCCAGCUCCAGAUCAUACUUGCCAGAACGCCUGCAGAUAGUCAAACCACUGGAGGGCUCAGUCACCCUACAUCACUGGCAGCAGCUGGCUACACCCAACCUCGGGGGCAUUCUUCAUCCACGGCCAGGCAUCCUCACCAAAGAUUUCAGGGAACUGGAUGUGGACGUUCAGCAAGUUUAUAGCCUCAAUGACCUUGAGGAGGAUGAGCCUAACUGGUCCAAAGUCCCUAACCAAUUUCACAUACCUAUUGUCACUUCAUCUGGAUCCAACCUCCCCCACACCUGCCCCACCCACACCAUCACCAACUCUCAGAUCCUCCAUCCCUCUGUCCUGCUGUCCUCCGUAUCCACUAGCUUUCAGCCUCCUAACCUGUCCACCUCUGGGAGCAAUGAGCAUGUAAGGACCUUACCAGAUCACCAGCAUGGUUUCUUCCAUAGACCUGCUCCGAACACGACACCCAACUUAGGUCUUAUUCAGUUGCUUCAAGAGCGUGGUAUCUCCGCUUCAACUCAGCCCAGCUUGCCUCCCAAUCUCAGACCUCCAACCAGCACUUUAGCAGCUUUAAACGAUAAAGAAACAGAUCGGAGAGGUAGGGGAGAGAAACAACAGAAGAGGAAUAUUUUUAGCUUCAACCUGGUGGAAAAGCUUCAGAGUCUUGGUCUUCAUAAAGUGGUCGCCAGAGGAUUCAUAGACUCUUCCAAUAAAACACUGAACGCUGGCUUUCAGUAGAACUACUGUUUCAUGUACCGUCUUCCAUUACUUAUGCAGAAGAUCCGACCUCUUACCCAGCGUCGUGUUUAUCACUGAAUAUUUGAAAGCCAUAUCCCUCCAUGUGGAGUGGUUCUUGUAGUAUAUUGGUUAUGAACGAACAGGAUGUCCUGCAAAAAUUAUGGUAGACUGGUUGAGGCUUGGAGAUCUAAGACAUUUUAACAAUCUGAGGUACAUAAACUAUGCUAGGUAUUUAAAUUGCUGUCUUAUGUGUUCUAAAGACAUAUCAAAAGGGAUGAACUUCAUUAUGUUCUUCAUUAUGAUUUAAGAACUAGUCCUGUUUUCAUUUUUUCAUUUCAAUGGCAGUCCUUCAUCCUGUGUCACCAGACUGCUUGUCUCGACAUACAUGGGCACUAUAUAUUAUUUAUAUAUUUAAAAGCCAGUGACCUCGGACUUGUCUGCGUACUGGAUUGUUAAUUGUGACUGUUCUUGGGUUGUUUAGUUAUUUUUAUGACAAUGUGCACAUUUCUACUACACUAGAUGACCUGAGCAUAUUGUUCAGGAUGUCUGGUCAGACAUAAUAUUCUAUGAUCUGUUGUUUUAGAUUUCAAUCAAAUGUAUUUAAUUAUUAGAUAUUUAGUGCCCCAAAAUGCACUGGGGAUUUUAAUUGUGAAUAUCCACAAACAUGAUGCCUUAUACAGACAGUAAUAUAUUAGUCACAGGCCUAUAGGUAAAGCUGUUAUAUAGGUUAUAUUUUUUUCCACAGACACAUACACGCACUAGGUGAAUGCAUCCAAAUCAUCAAAUAGAUGAAGAAAGAUUUAUGACAGUAAGACAUAUGAGGAGCCUCCAAACUCAUUUACCUUUGAAUAUUUUACUUAUACUGAAAGUUUUAGUGCAUAAAAAUCUGAAACUUUUAGUCUCACCGGCUAAAUUAAUAUAAUUAUAUAAAGAUGUGUAUUUCAUUCUGUUUUAAUUUGAGUAUUAUUUCUUGCAAACACAAAACGGAUCACAGCUGUCUUUUAAAAAGCACCUUACAUAAAAUACUGUGUCCUUUUUUCCUGUUUUAUUAGACACACACAGCUAAAGCAGGCUAGUGGACCAUUUACACCUUAGCAUGCGAUCUGUAUGUACUGUAUAUCAUUGUCUGGAAGGACAUUGUAUGUAUAAUGUUUGUCCAGGCUCCAUGUUACCACAUGCAAAUCUGAAUACUGAACCACACAGUGUUCACCGGAAACAUGUUAGCUGUAAUCGUCCCUAACAGUGAUCCAGGCACUGUGGGAGCAGCCUUUUUUUAGGCUUCUUUGGAAUAAUCAAUGAGUCAGUUUAGAUGAAACUUGCCUGAGAUAUGAUCAAGAUCAGAAUCAGCCAGGCUCCUUUAUCAGAUGGUCUGACUGAUCACCAAUAGCAUCAUGAUCAUGUUAUGUUCUUUGUGCCUUAAACUCUGCAUUAACAUGUUUUCCACGGUCCAGACGAGAUAUCCAGAUUGAAACUGUAUUGUAAUGCAGAUUUCUGUAGAAGUGACUGUGAUUUAAUGUAGCUAAAGACAUGUACAGCUUUGUUACAUGUAGCUCUAAAUCUUGAACUGAACACUGGCUAUUAAGCUAUCACUCAGUUACAUAUCUGAAGAACCCCACCACUUUGUCCUUCAUCUAUAUGUAAUAUAUGUAUGCAGAUUUAUAUUACACAGAUCCAAUCAUCCAAGUUUAUCAUUUGGAUAUGGGAGAAUUCAAAUCGAUGCUUGAGCACUACGCAUACUGUAGAAAUGGUAGAAAUGGUAACAGCAUUAUAAUGACACUUUGCAUUUGUAGUUUGGAAAAUAUGGGAAAUGACCUAAACAACAAAUUCACACAAUCACUGAGUGGACUGUAGAUAUUAUAAUUAUUGUAAUUAUUGCUGAUUACAAAUAUGUUGCACCUACUGAUUGUAUUUUUUUUGUUAUUUGGUCUGUAAAUAUGAUGCCAGUAGUUUGCACCUAUGAUCGCUGUAAUUAAAAAUAAAAUGUAAUUGGAAUAA